AAUACGAAAUUUGCAUGCGAGUAGUUCAUGAAUUGUAAAAUAACACAAAUUAAACCAAACAUUUGUAUUUUUCGUUAUUUUCGUUAUUUCGGAACAAGGACUCGGAGCCUGAAAAUUCUCAGGGAAGGGCUUUCCGGCCAAUUAUAAAUACCUUCCUUCUCCAUUAACAAUGCCCUCACCACCGCCAAACAAUCUCCAUUUUCCUCUCUCCUCUUUUUCCUUUUUCUUCAUUUUCUCGCCGCUCAACGAUGACGAUUCUCAUUCAGAACCCGGACUUCGGAGUUGCGGCGGCGGAGGAGAAGCGGGUGAAUGAAGAAGAAGACACGGAAUUGGUCCUGGACGGAGGGUUUUUGGCUCCCUAUGCUAAUUCGUUCGGCAACGGCUUUAGGGACUAUGACGCGGAAACUGAAAGGCAAGAAGGGGUUGAGAAUUUCUACAAACAGAAUCACAUGAAUCAAACUUACGAUUUCGUGAAGAAGAUGAGAAAAGAGUACGGCCAGCUGAACAGGGUGGAGAUGAGCAUAUGGGAAUGCUGCGAGCUUCUCAAUGACGUGGUUGAUGAGAGCGAUCCUGAUUUGGAUGAGCCUCAAAUCGAACACUUGUUGCAGACCGCUGAAGCCAUUAGAAAGGAUUAUCCUAAUGAAGAUUGGCUGCACUUGACUGCGCUUAUACAUGACCUUGGAAAGGUGCUUCUUCUUCCAAGCUUUGGUGGUCUUCCUCAAUGGGCUGUUGUGGGAGACACCUACCCUUUGGGCUGUGCUUUUGAUGAAUCCAUUGUCCACCACAAGUAUUUCAUGGACAGUCCUGAUUACUAUAACCCGGCGUAUAACACUAAAUACGGAGUUUACUCGCCAAAUUGUGGACUCGACAAUGUAAUGAUGUCUUGGGGGCAUGAUGACUAUAUGUACUUGGUGGCAAAGGCGAAUAAUACUACUUUACCUUCUGCAGCACUUUUUGUUAUCAGAUACCACUCAUUCUACUCAUUACAUAGAUCAGAUGCGUAUAAGCACUUGAUGAAUGAGGAGGAUGUUGAAAACCUGAAAUGGCUGCGUAUAUUCAACAAAUAUGAUCUUUACAGCAAGAGUAAAGUUCGGGUUAAUGUCGACAAAGUGAAGCCCUACUAUCUCUCUCUCAUUGAGAAGUACUUCCCUGCUAAGCUACAAUGGUAAAACAAAACAUGUGAGAUUUGAGUGCAGUGAAUGGUUGGUACAUUGAGGUGAAAUGGGGCCAGCAAUAGCACGCCGCAGCAGGCAAGAGAUUUGGAGCUGGGUGGUAAAUAGGCUCAAACUUCCUUUCUCUCGUGGGAAUCAGAGUUGUGUGUUAAAUAAUAGUUAAGCAGUAAUAAAAAUCGUUCUUUUCUAGCUUCUGUGCAAAUAUUGUACUAGGUUUUUACUCAAUAAAACUGGUUUAUUCCGGUGAC